UGAGGGCCACCCAGGAAAUUUUUUUCACUCUGUGGACAUGGGCAGCAAUGGUGGGCAGACUGGCACCCACACCUAUCAAUCACUCACUGAAGAUGCCCUCUUUGGCUCUGUGGUUCUACCCAGAAGAUCCACGGGCCGACUGGUUAUGCACAGCCUGGCCAUGUUUGGCAGAGAGUUUUGCUAUGCAGUGGAGGCAGCGUAUGUGAUCCCAGUGCUGCUCAGAGUCGGCCUGCCCAAGAGUCUGUACAGCAUGGUGUGGCUCCUUAGUCCCAUCCUAGGAUUCCUGCUGCAACCUGUGGUGGGGUCAGCCAGUGACCAUUGCCAGUCCAGAUGGGGUCGCCGGAGACCCUACAUUCUCACUCUUUGCAUCAUGAUGCUCUUGGGCAUGGCUCUUUACCUCAAUGGAGAUGCUAUUAUAUCAGCUUUGACUGUUAACCCAAGGAGGAAGCUGGUUUGGGCCAUAAGCAUCACCAUGAUAGGUGUGGUUCUCUUUGAUUUUGCUGCUGACUUCAUUGAUGGACCCAUCAAAGCCUACUUAUUUGAUGUCUGCUGCCAUCAAGACAAGGAGAGGGGCCUUCACUGCCAUGCCCUUUUCACAGGUGUUGGCGGUGCCCUGGGUUACCUCUUGGGUGCCAUAGACUGGGGCCAUCUGGAACUGGGAAGAGUCCUGGGCACAGAAUUUCAGGUCAUGUUCUUACUCUCUGCCUUGAUUCUCAUUUUGUGUUUUAUCAUUCAUCUGUGCAGUAUACCUGAAGUCCCACUUAGAGAUGUUGCAAAAGACAUUCCCCCACAGCAGGCCCCUCAAGACCCCUCAUUGUCAUCACAUGGAAUGUAUGAGUAUGGUUCUAUCGAGAAAGAUAAAAAUGGUUAUGUAAAUCCAGAGCUGGCAAUGCAGGGAGGAAAAAACAAAAGUCCAGCUGAACAGGCACAGAGGGUAAUGACCAUAAAGUCACUCCGGAGCGCACUGGUGAGCAUGCCUCUCCACUACCGCUGCCUUUGUAUCAGCCACCUUAUUGGAUGGACUGCCUUCCUGUCCAACAUGCUCUUCUUCACAGAUUUCAUGGGCCAGAUUGUGUACAGUGGGGAUCCCUACAGUGCACGCAACUCCACAGAGUUUCUCACCUAUGAAAGAGGGGUCGAGGUUGGAUGUUGGGGCUUAUGCAUCAACUCUGUGUCUUCUUCACUUUAUUCUUACUUUCAGAAGGCUUUGGUGCCCUGCAUUGGCUUAAAGCGGCUUUACUUCAUGGGAUACUUGCUGUUUGGUUUAGGGACGGGAUUUAUAGGUCUUUUCCCAAAUGUCUACUCCACCCUGGUCCUGUGCACCUUGUUUGGUGUAAUGUCCAGUACCCUGUACACCAUCCCCUUUAACCUCAUGGCUGAGUACCACCGUGAGGAGGAGAAGGAGAGGCGGCAGGCCCCGGGAUGGAGUGCGGGCAGCAGCGUCACUGAACGUGGAAAGGGCAUGGACUGCGCCACACUCACCUGCAUGGUGCAGCUGGCCCAGAUUCUGGUUGGAGGUGGUCUGGGCUUUCUGGUCAAUGCAGCUGGGAGUGUUGUUGUGGUGGUGAUCACAGCCUCUACGGUGGCAUUAAUUGGCUGUUGCUUUGUGGCUCUCUUUGUUAGAUAUGUGGGUUAAGUCAAUAAAGAGACAAUAAUCCUAACC